AUGGGUAUUCCUUUGUGGCGUCCGCCUUCUCCUCCCGAGCUCAAGAGUUCUGUCAAAAGUGACCCUUGCGCCCACUCGCGCUCCUCUAUUCGUCGCAGAGGAGCCGUGCGACAUGUCGUUUCGCAAACAAGCUCGAACAGCAUAUCUCCUCGCAAUUCUUUGUCCGCCUCUCAACUGGACACCCUACAACAACUAGAAAAUCUCCUCGAUAAUCCACCUCUUCGACAGAGCGCCGUGUUUGGAGACGUCAGCUUGGUAGACUCGACGUCGAGGGAUGCCACUGCUCUAACUGAUUCUGCCCGGCGAGAGGAGGGCUCGCGAUUGCUUCGGGAUGCAUUGCGACAUAACCAACCCGGUCGGCGUCUUCGCAUCCCACGCGAAUCUUCCCUGCGCUUCGAAAUGCCCACCCCUCCAUGGUCGCCAAGUGAAGUACUUCAACGCUCGUCUUUGGGAGAUUACGCCAGGAUCCGACAGGCAGCCGACAGUUUCCCCUACUCUCCUAGAUUCGCGCCUGCAUUCAGGCACGAUAGUUCUGCCCCUUCAGCCCGUACCGAAACGAGAUCACCCCCACCAGCGGUUGUGCGGCCGCCAGUGCAUAUGAUGGAAGAUGGACCAGCACCUGGUGUGCGGUAUCUACGUCGUGUGGGUCAUCGAUCGGUCAGCGACAACAAUAACAACGGAAAUACGGCUUCUUUUCAACAAGGCAUUGAUGGCCUAGGUGAUCGACAACGUAGUGCUAGCCCUGAUGAUGACCUGGAUAACGCAUGGGAAACACUUUUGACUACUCUUACGCCUGAUCCCAACUUACCCAGCGCUGAUUCCUCAUUCACAUCUAAUGCUGCUACCAACUCUAGCCGUGCUAUUGAAUCUACUCGUCAGAGUCAGUCGUCUCAGACACAGCGGACGCACUCGGGCCCGACCGCUACGGUGCAUAUGAUCCUAGAACCUUACCCUGAUUUCUUUAACCCUUGUGAUAUUCCGGAGCAUGCCACGGAUUCAGAUACCGAGACAGAAUCAGAACUAGGGUUGCAUCGUUCGGGAUCUUCUCGUCAACGCCAACAUCCACGAUCUCGACUUCUUGAAUCUAUGUCGGCGAUUGGGUCUACUCAAGACAGUCAGCCUCCAGUUCCAAGAUUGUCACGAUCAUCAGGACUCCCAUCUAUCUCUUUCAUCUCACACGAUCUAUCUCCCGGUGUGGAUAUGCAGGCGAUUGUUGAUCGUUUAGCUCAGCGGGAACAUGUUCCUGACGGUUGGUGGGCGGCAGCAGGAUUGCCUCGCACCAUGGGUCGCCAAUUAGACGUUGGCGAUGGGUCUCCAGACCACGUUAAUGAUGCGGCUGAUGAAUCAUGA